CUGGCGAAAGGCUUCGCGUUUCAGGGCGCGUCGCCGCGAAGUGACGCAAACACGAUUUCGCUCCAGUGCACACAGACAGGCCUGCUACUGUGUUAAGUUGAUAAAGCGGAGAUACACGAGCCCGCACGCAUUUACUCUGGCUCGUUUGGUUGGCCCUGAGAAAGACCAGUAGUGCAUGAACGGCGGGCGCGAAUCCAGCUUGCACGAACUCAACCACGAGCAGCACGCAGCACCUGUGCAGAAUUCUUAAACUCAUUACUUGUCGAAGUACUAAACGGUGUGUAUCACAUUCGCACGCCGCUGAAACUCGAGCCGUUAAUUAGUGACACCAAAAUGCGGUCGUGCUCUCUUUUGCUGCUUCUCGGCGCGCUGUUACUGUCAUCUGCGCUCCUAGAAGCUGCCGCACAGAAGGACAACCUCAUCAAAGUUGAUGUGAAGACCGGGCGGCGGUCGCCACCGCCGCGAGGUGUGCGGCGAAGCCCGCCCCGUGCGGUGCGCACCCCACCCGCGGCCUCGCCCCCCGUGGCGUCCCCCUCCCCCUCCCCCUCUCCGUCUCCGUCUCCCUCGCUCUCUCCCUCGCCCGCUGCCAAGCCUUCUCCUGCGCCUUCGCCCGCGGCUAAGAGCCCCAGCCCCGCGCCGGCCCCGGUCCCGGUCCCGAGUAGCCCGGCUGCCAACACCACGAGCCCCCGCCCCUCCCCCAGCCCCUCCCCCAGCCCCAGCCCUGCGGCGAAGCCGUCUCCCUCGCCGUCGCCUGCCGCUGCCCCCAGCCCUAGCCCCGCGCCCAGGCCCUCGCCCAGGCCCACAACCGCGCCUCGCGCCAUCCGCGCCAUGUCUGUGUCCACGGGCGGGCGCUUCACGUGCGUGUGGGCGGACGGCGAGGUCAAGUGCUUUGGGCAGAACGACUACGGCCAGCUGGGCCUGGGCGACACGGAGUUCCGCGGUAACCAGCCCGGCCAGCUGGGUCAGGUGCUGCCGGUGGUGGACCUGGGGGCGGGCGCCAACGUCACGCAGCUGAGCACCGGCACCUCGUACUCGUGCGCUCUGGUCAAGACCAGCAACUCCACCACCCCCGUCAUCAAGUGCUGGGGCGGCAACAGCGGCGGCCAGCUGGGUCUGGGCGACGCCGUGAACCGCGGUGAUGCCCCCGGCACCAUGGGCGACGCCCUGCCGGCAGUGGACCUAGGCACCGGCCUGACGCCGCUGUAUGUGGGGGCGGGUGGCCUGCACACCUGCGCGCUGCUGCGACAGGCGGCGACCGGGCUCAACGUGGUCAAGUGCUGGGGCGUCAACUACGCCGGGCAGCUGGGUCUUGAGGACAUGGACACCCGCGGCGACCAGCCCGGCCAGAUGGGUGACAACCUGCCUGUGGUGAACCUGGGCAGCGGCCUCAACGUGACGCAGCUGUCGGUGGGCGGCGAGCACAGCUGCGCUAUCGUCACGGACAGCGCGGGCAAGGCCCACGUCAAGUGCUGGGGCUCUGCCGAGAUGGGCCAGGUGGGCUACGGCGACACCACCUACCGUGGAGACGUGAACGGAACCAUGGGUGACAACCUGCCGUACGUGGACCUGGGCACCGGCCUCACACCCACCCGCCUGGUGACGGGCCAGUACGCCACCUGUGCCUUCCUGGAGCCCGCCUCGGGCGCCGCCGCCGCCGGCCCCCCCGUGGUCAAGUGCUGGGGCAGCGCCGACGGCGGCCAGCUGGGCACGGGUGACGAGGAGCGCCGCGGCGACGGCCCUGACGAGAUGGGCGACAACCUGCCGGCUCUGGACCUGGGCUCCGGCCUGGUGCCGCUGGACCUCGCGCUGGGCCUGGGCCACGGCUGCGCGGUGCUGGCCAACACCUCGGCGCCGGCCGCCAGCCAGCGCCUGGUCAAGUGCUGGGGCCUGAACGACUACGGCGAGCUGGGGCUGGGCGAUGAGGUGUCGCGCGGCAGCGCCCCGGGCCAGAUGGGCGACGACCUGCCGCCGGUGGACCUGGGUGCGGGACUGGCGGCCGCCGCUGUCUCCACCAACUCCUACUACAGCUGCGCCGUGCUGCGGCCCGCCGCCCCCGCCAGCCCCGUGCUCAAGUGCUGGGGCGAGAACGCGGCAGGGCAGCUCGGCUACGGUGAUGAGAACGCCCGCGGCGAUGAGCCCGGCGAGAUGGGCGCGGCCCUGCCGCCCGUUCCCAUCACUUUCUAAGACAAGAACAUGAAUUUCAAGAUGUCGCGAGUAUUGCUGCUAUAGCUUGACCUCGCUACCAGGGUAUUAUUUAACAAGCUAUUCGGAUUAGGCCAGGCAGGAGGGUCUAGACGGGUAGGCUGUCGUGUUGUUGGACACGGCGGGUUGGGUUCACUGUGUGAACCGGGUGGAUAGGCAGGCAGCCGCGUGCGUGUCACUUGCGACUGAUUCGACGCCUGUGUUCUAUGUUACCUGCAUAGCAAGACAAGAAAGCAUGAUGCGUGCAUGCAUUUUGGGCCAGGGAGCACAUACCGUUGUCCCUCCUGGAGAAGGCGGGGUGACUGGGUUUGCACGGCAGGGAUGCGCUUGGUUUGGCAGGGUACGGCAUUGCUGGAUGCGGUGGGUAUCUUAGCAGGCCACGAAGUGGCCACACCAUUAAUUCUUUUCCAGAAAUAGAGCAGGUUGGCUUUGUGGUGAGAACGAACGCGGAACACAUGGAAGACGCGGCGCCGGAUGUCUCCAUCCGUCCAUCCCACCUCACGUAUCGAAUGUUGGAUGCCGUACGGCAAGUUGCUGCCUUACUUGCUGGCUUGCUGGGUGGCGACCUUGUCAUAUGUAAGAUCGGUGCUUA